AUGAGCAGAGUAGGCAUCAAGAUAGCAGUUAACGCAAUCCAAAAAUACUAUCCUGUCAGAUUGGCUGAUUCUUCAUGGGACAACACAGGAUUGUUAGUUGAAGCAAUCAAUGAUAUUGAAAAAAGAUUAAAGAUCUUAUUGACCAUUGAUUUAACUCAAAGUGUUGUUGACGAAGCCAUCAAAAAUGAAACCAACUUAAUCAUGGCUUACCAUCCAUUUAUUUUCAGAGGAUUGAAAUCCAUCACCACCAAAGACCCUCAACAGAAAUCAUUAUUGAAAUUGAUAAAGAAUGAUAUAAGUGUGUAUUGUCCUCACACAGCUGUUGAUAGUGCAAUUGGCGGUGUCAAUGACUUCUUGGUUGAUGGUUUAUGUACAGUUGAAGAGAUCGAAAGCAAGAAACCUAUCAUUCCUAAUCCUAAAGAGGCUGAAGGUUGUGGUAUGGGAAGAUUAGUUGAAUUGAAAAAUCCUAUCAAAUUAUCUGAUGUCAUCACCAAAGUAAAGAAAUCUUUAGGUUUAGAACAUUUACAAGUAGCUAUAGCCAAUGGGAAAGAUAAAGACGUCAAGAUCAAAACCAUAGCAAUCUGUGCUGGUUCAGGUAGUGGUGUGUUCAAGGGAAUUGAUGCUGAUUUAUUCUAUACUGGAGAAUUAUCACAUCACGAAUUAUUGUACUUUAAAGAAACAGGAUCUUCUGUCAUAGUUUGUAACCACUCCAACACUGAAAGAGCAUUCUUAAAAGUUUUCAAACAACAAUUAGAGAAAGAGUUGGAUGCCGAUAUCUUGAUCAGUCAAACCGACAAGGACCCUCUUGAAUUCUUCUAG